AUGAGCGUCAGCGAGGACGCGCUGAAGAAACUCGGUGCCGCGCACAAGAAAGAUGUCGUGCUUCAGCUGUGUAAAAUCUGUACGGCAUCAAGCAGGCCGGACGGCUUUGGAGUAGCUCUUGCGUGA